UGGGGCCCCCGGGCAAUAGGGGAUCAUGGGGCCCCUGUGUCUGUGCCCAAACUCAAAAAAGCCUAUGAAAAAGGUACCAGGGGCAUCUCAUGGAGCCCCCUACUGACCCCGGGCCCUCGGGCAGUGCCCGAGUUUCCAAAUGGUCAGUCUGCCCCUGGACUGUACAUUCAUGAUACGGUUGUUCAUUUUUAAUAUUUUCUCUUUGAUAUGUGAGUAUUAUGUAUUUCAUGUACUGUAUUCACAAAUACUGGGGUUUUUUAAACUCUAUUAUAUUUAUAAAAGUGCAGAAGCUUUUUGAAGACCUCUACCCUCAUAUU